AUGUUUCCCUGGGCCCUCCGCCACCUCCCUGGACCCCACCAGGAGAUAUUUAGACACCAAGAGGCUAUGAAGGGCUUCAUCCGCCAUGAGAUCAUCAGGCACAAGCUCAAGGCAUCAGAGGCCCCCAAGGACUUCAUCAACUGCUAUCUGGCCCAAAUCACCAAGGCCUCAGACGAUCCUAUCUCCACAUUCAACGAGGAGAACUUGAUCCAAGUGGUAAUUGACCUGUUUCUGGGAGGCACGGACACCACAGCCACCACUCUGCACUGGGCACUCAUUUAUAUGGUCCAUCACAGAAACGUCCAGGAGAGGGUGCAGCAGGAGCUGGAUGCAGUGCUGGGCAGCGCCCAGGCUGUCUGCUACGAGGACCGUGAGCGGCUGCCCUACACGCGCGCCGUCCUCCACGAGGUGCAGCGUGUCAGCAGUGUGGUGGCCGUGGGUGCGGUGCGCCAGUGCGUGACGCCCACCACGCUACAUAGUUACUACGUGCCCAAGGGAACUAUCAUUUUGCCCAACCUUGCCUCUGUGCUGUAUGACCCUGAGUGCUGGGAGAACCCUCGGCAGUUCAACCCUGGCCAUUUCCUGGACAAGGAUGAGAACUUCGUGGUCAAUGAGGCCUUCUUGCCCUUCUCUGCAGGACAUCGGAUGUGCCCUGGGGACCAGCUGGCUCGAAUGGAGCUCUUCCUGAUGUUUGCCACCCUCCUUCGGACCUUUAGCUUCCAACUGCCAGAAGGGAGCCCAGGGCUCAGGCUGGAGUACGUCUUUGGGGGCACUCUGCAGCCUCAGCCCCAGAAGAUCUGUGCACUGCCUCGCCUGAGCAGCCCCAGCCCAGACCUUACAGAGGAAGGCCUGUAG